UAGUUUUAAGUGUCACAGCUGAUACGGUUCAUCUGACAAUGGUCACACCCACACCUUAUGGGGCUGGGUCUUCAGCUAGCAUCAGCUGCUUCCGUAGCAGUCCUGAUGAAGAUGUGACAUUGAGCUUUGGCAGACCAUUCCAGAUAGGCCUCCCAGGAUCUACAGUACAAACCUCAACCACCCUCCCAGAUGGCAGUACACAAUCAAUGAAUGGACAAGCAGUCACGUGGGAUCUGACCUCCAGUAAUGAUGCCACUGGGUUGUUUUAUUGUGAAGGUUCAAACAGAGGCUUAACAACCAGAGUGUACAGCAUCAUCCACAGUAUUCACAGAAGAUUUGAGCCACGCAGUGGACUGGUGACGAGAACUAUCAAUAAAGGAGAAGGUGUUACGCUCAUGAUUGACUCGGUCGAUUCUGGCAGCUAUCCUUUGUGGCAUAGAAUCAGACAAGGAGCUGUAACCGAAUUAUACACAGACAAUGACAUGAACAUGUAUGAUAUCACGAUACCUUCCUCCAUGGUCAGUGAUGGGGAUUUGUAUGCCACAUUUCAGCAUGCAUUCUCAGUGAAUGAUAAUCACUUCAGUCUGAUCAGACUUAUUGUCAGAGACUGUGUUUCGGACAAGUGGGGUCCUCCUGCCUGUGUAGCUAUGUGUGACAUGUGCUACAAUGGAGGACUUUGUAAUGAUGAGACAGGGGAUUGCAUCUGUCCACCAGGAUUCAGUGGACCAAACUGCCUCACUGCUUGUGGUAUGCACAGAUUUGGCUGGAGUUGUGAGUUCCAAUGUGGACCUGGUAACAUCAUCCAGAGUUGUACAGGGAGCCAGUUUGGUCUACCAGACCCCUACGGGAACAGCUGCAUCUCAGGAUACCAUGGCAGGGACUGUAACAUGGUUUGCUCCAGUGGAAUGUUUGGAGCUGGAUGUACUCAGACAUGUCACUGUCAGUCAGGAAGUUGUGAUGCAUUCACAGGUGUGUGUACUUCGAUGUGUUCAUCUGAGAGUUGUUUUGCUGGCUGCACUCCAGGCUGGUCAGAAUGA